AUGGAAUCCCGGAAGACUGUCCUGGGUGAUGACAGACAGCCAACUCAGAACUCUGAUCUCAUAAAGGGAGUUUUCCCCUUGUCUCACCCCGCUUGGGACUACAACUCGGCAGAAGGUAACGAGAGGCUCCAGGUCUACCGCCAGACUCUAAUGGCAGGUCUCAAGGCUGCAGCAUGCAAGCCUACCAAUCUGGCCAAGGUAUAUGAUGUAAAACAGGGUAAAGAUGAGAGUCCAGCGGCAUUCCUAGAAAGGAUCAUGGAGGCAUUCAGACAGUACACCCCUAUGAAUCCAGAGGCCCCAGAGACCAAAGCUGCCAUAGUUAUGGCUUUUGUUAACCAAGCCACUCCAGACAUUAAAAGGAAAUUACAGAGUGUAGAAAAACUAGGAAAGAAGAGCCUACAGGAUCUGAUAGUGGUGGCAGAAAGAGUCUACAAUAACAGAGAGACCCUGGAGGAGCAACAGGCUAGGAUAAGUGACCGUCAGACUCAGAACCUGGCUAAGAUCCUACUGGUCACCACCAUGGAUGAUCCACAUGAAAAGCAGAGAUGUCUCAAGAAGCUGGCUUCAGGAGAAGGUAAGGGGGACAGCCGCCACCGAGAACACCCCAAACUGAAUAGAAACCAGUGUGCUUAUUGCAGGGAAGAAGGCCACUGGGGGAGUCGGGGUUUGGCACCCCUCCCCGAGCCCAGGGUAACCCUUAAAGUGGAGGGGAAACCAAUUAAAUUCCUAGUAGACACCGGGGCACAGCACUCUGUCUUGCUACAACCUCAAGGGAAGUUGGCAAAUAAGACCUCAUGGGUACAGGGGACCACAGGCACUAAACAAUAUUCAUGGACUACCCAAAGAACAGUGGAUCUCAGCGUGGGCCGGGUAACCCACACCUUCAUGGUCAUUCCUGAGUGCCCCUACCCCCUGUUAGGCCAGGACCUACUCACCAAGAUAGGAGCCCAAAUUAGUUUCCACCCUGAAGGGGCAAAGGUUCUGGAUAAAGAGGGACACCUGAUCCAGGUGCUUGUCAUGAACCUGGAAGAUGAAUAUCAUCUUCACCAAAGGCCCCCAGAACCAAUGACCGACAUUGACCACUGGUUGCAGGAGUUUCCCCAAGCGUGGGCAGAAAUGCUGGCCAAUCUUGGGGAAACUGGGGGAAUGGGAUUGGCCCAACAUCAGCCAGCGAUAUACAUUGAACAAAAGCCAGAAGCAGAACCAGUCAGAGUCUGCCAAUACCCCAUGCCUCUCACAGCAUGGAUGGGGAUCACCCCACAUGUUUGGUGACUGCUAGACUCAGGCAUACUGUGGCCUUGUCAGUCAGCAUGGAACACUCCCCUGCUGCCGAUAUGAAAGCCACACUCUAAUGAUUAUAGACUGGUCCAGGACUUGAGGGAAGUUAACCGACGGGUGAGAAUACACCCUAUGGUCCCAAACCCCUACACCCUCCUCUCCACCUUGCCCCCAGACAAGACUUGGCAUACAGUGCUAGACCUAAAGGAUGCCUUUUUCAGCUUGCCCUUGGCCCCAAAGAGCCAAGACCUCUUUGCUUUUCAAUGGGUGGACCCAGAGAAGGGCAACAAUGGCCAACUCACCUGGACUCGACUACCGCGAGGAUUCAAGAAUUCGCCCACCAUCUUCGACGAGGCACUGCAUGAAGACCUAGGUGAGUUCUGUGCCAAACACCCUAAUCUGACUCUAUUACAAUAUGUAGAUGAUAUCCUGUUGGCAGCAGAGGACCAGGAAACAUGCCUACAAGACACCAAGGACUUGCUCCAAACGAUAGCAACUCUGGGAUACUGGGCUUCAGCUAAAAAGGCCCAGAUCUGCAGAAUGGAGGUGAACUACCUGGGGUACAAAUUAAAAGAUGGACAAAGAUGUUUAACGGAUGCACAAAGGAGACCGUCAGGAGAAUCCAACAGCCUCGAAAUGUCCGCCAGGUACAUGAAUUCCUAG